UUCGAGCCUAUGACUCUCAUCUUCUCUGCGCGAGUACACGAACUGAAAUGAAAUAAAAAGAAAUGGAGUAGAAUAAAGAAUAAAAACAAAAGUUGUUGUGUAGUGUAAUGUGCAUGGUUUUGUAUAAUUUUCGAUCAAAAUGAAACUAACUCGAGUGCUUUUUUACGCUUCUAAGCUGCCUAUAAAUUACUCGAACUUCCCUCAGCGCUACAUUGAUCGAUCCAUGGAACAGAUUGAAUUUAAGACAGAAAAAGCUCCCCAGUUUCAAGAUAAAGUAAUUAAACGGGAAGUUUUUACGUACGGUAUGCACAGACCAUGGACAAAGGAAUUCUACGAAGAAAAUUAUCCCGGGAAACGUGUGAGGAGGGAUGUUGUCGAACCGAUCAAAGAUUGGCUCAUUUAUAGAGGUGAUAAGGUUGAAAUUUUAAAAGGCAAAGACAAAGGCAAACAAGGUCUUGUAAACUACAUUGUUACUGAAAGAAAUUGGGUGACAGUAGAAGGACUCAAUUGUGAAUAUAAAUAUAUUGGAGGCUAUCAAGGCAUGCCGAAAUCAAUGGUAAAGGAAGAAUUACCCCUUUUAGUUACUUCUGAAGUCGCUCUUUUGGAUCCUGUUGAUAAUAAGCCAACAAAAGUUGUUUGGAGGUAUACGGAUGAAGGUGAAGAAGUUCGAGUAUCAGUAAGAUCUGGUCGAAUUAUCCCGCUACCUAGAGCUGCAUUUGAAACAUAUGAUUACAAAGACAAACGAUAUUAUCCUGAACAACCAAAAGAUACUCCAGCAAAAGAUGUUGAAAAAAUUACUUUUAAGCCUAAGCUAAUGACAUUUGGACAAGAAAUCAUGGAAAACAUGGGUAUUAAAGAAGAUCGAGUGCCUCGUAAAACAUAUUGGUAUUAAAGAAAUGUAAAAAGAUGUUUUUAGAAACAUAACUGUUUUCAUUGUUAUUAGACCAUUUAUUAUUGAGUUUCUUUGAGAAAUAAAUGAGUGACCUCUUU